ACUAACAUUAAUUUAUUUUGUAUUGGUAUACUUCUUAUUUUCCUAAUAUUUGUUUUAAUACAUUUUUCAUUUGAAUAUACCUACCUAGGAGACACACGCCCCUUAUCUUUAUGAUAACAACCGCGUACUUUCCGAACUUACGACUACUCCUUUCACAAAUCAAGAUCCUCAAAUCUGAAUGGGCUUAUCACCAUUUGAGAUAGCUUUCAAUCUGACACAUUAAUGGCUUUAAAAAACUCUGUGACUGUGCGAUUACGAAUCGUGAAAAUACAAAUCUAACAGAUUGCCAAUCAGCUGACCAACUUACGAUUAUAGAUUUGGGAAAACCCUUAAAAUUGAUACAUAUUUGGAAACCAAAUCAAGGCAAAUGUGCCAUUUCAAAAUUGGAGCCACAAUGACACUUGAAAUUCGACCAGGUGACACGAGCGGAAUAUUUGAACACCGUAAUUGUGGGCGGUGGGUGGGUAAAUAAUAAUACGCUCAUUAGCAAGCCAAUGCAAACUGAAAAACAAUAACAAUAAUGGGGAGGAGCGAGUAGGAAGUUCACAUAAUAAUAUAUUUGCCGCAAACAAUUUCCUAUUCAAAUUUGCCGAGCUUAUCGGCUGUGUAGUUCAGUAGCCAGUUGCGCAUAGACAAAUAAAUGUGUGGAUAAUUGUUUUUUCAGUUGGGGGUGUGAAGGUAACCGAACAAUUGAUACUGAUUCAUUGCCUCGAUUACGUCUAAGUACACACGACUGUCGAGGUGAAAGUCAUCCGCCCACUUCCAAUGACCUUUGAUAAUUGAAGGCGCUAAUAAUUAUUGAUUAUGAUAAGGCUGAAUGGGUGUAGAACAGAUUAAAGGCGUGAUGCGGAUUGAUAAGACGAUGUAAUUUAGACUGCUAAUGGCUUCUAGCUUUGAUAUAAAUAAUGUGUAAAACAGCUUAAUGGACUAGUUCAACACAGGUUCUUCAUUGAUUACUUUCCAAGUAGUCAUGUCUACCGUUUCAGGAGAGGAUUCACCAACUCGCUUUUAUCUAGUUAACUUUGAGAAUUACCUGAGGCCCAAACAAUCAAUCAAAUGCCAGCCUCUUCAGCGUUUUAAGAAGCCAACUGGAAGAACCACCAAUCUAUACAGGAACCUAAAACGUUUAAAGAUUCUCCGAUGGUAUCAUAGUGUGUCGAAACGAUUUGAAGAGCUUCCACUGCCUAAAUUCCUUGGAUUCCUGCGAGCCCGUAAUGAUGAUGGCCUAUGUAAGCGGAAGACAGGAUUUGAGAUCUACUGCGAGAUGGCCAGCAUACAUGGCUUUCAUAUUUUUGUGGGAGCAAAAACUUGGCAAAGGAUACUCUGGUGGCUUCUCAUAUGUAAUGCAGUGCUGCUUUCAUUUAUCCUAGUGAUCAUGUCCCUUUCCAUGUCAAGAGAAACACCUAUCAUUCGCUUCAUAGACACCAUGAUGAAACCCACGGCGGAAGUGCCUUUUCCCGCAGUCACCAUUUGCGGAUUCAACACAAAGGAAUGGAUGAACUCUUCAUUAAUAGGAAAAGGUACCAAAGGAAAUGCAAGUUGGUUAGAACUUCUGGAGGAUUUGUCCUUACCAAUCUGUCCACAAAUAAAAAUGUGUCAGUGGGACAAUCGAAUGGUGAGCUGCCUAGAUAAACUGCAGCCCAUUUGGACUCUUGACCAAAGGCCGUGUUGCAGCUUUAAUUACAAUCAGCAGCUCUUUAGCUCACAUUUGGGUUUUAGUUUUGUUUUAAGAUCCAAUGAUGAGAUCCUUCAAACUUCGAAAUCAGCUGGCUUUGAGGUCCUUAUACACGAAUCCCAUGAAAUACCCAAUGGAGCAACACCAAGGAUAUUUGUGCCACGGGAAUCAGAUGCUCACAUAAUGCUUAGGCCAUAUGUCAAUCGAUUCACGAAAAAUCUGAAGGGAUUAUCUCUGCAGAAAAGAGCAUGUUAUUUUCCAACAGAACGUCGUCUAAUAUUAUCUGAUGUAUAUAACCAAAUUAACUGCCUGGCUGAAUGUCGCAGCAAAAGUAUCUUAAAAUCAUGUGGCUGUGCACCGCCAAAAUCACCUAUUGAAAAAAGUUGGCCAAUUUGCGAUCUAAAGCAAAUGCAGUGUGUAAUAGAUUUUGAUCAUGAUGAGAUCAUCAGUGGAGAACAAAGGAAUUGCGAUUGCCUUCCGCCAUGUGAAUUCAAUCGCUAUGAAUUCCAAAGUGAUAUACGAUUUGUAAAGGGAAUGAUUAAUAAUAGUAUUGUUAACACAAGCAAUGAAGAGCCCACAAAUGAGGUUCGUGUCCGUGUCUACUACGACUCAGCGAUUGCGGAGGAGCUGCUCCUGGACGUGUUCGAAAACUGGCUGACAUUCAUAGGCAAGUGUACUAACUAA